AUGGACUUGGAGGUGGUUCUUGGCCUUGCUCUUGGGUCACUGAUUAUUUGCUGUGGCUUGUUGAAAUGGAAUGAGGUGAGGUACAAGAAGAAAGGGCUGCCACCAGGUACGAUGGGGUGGCCAGUAUUUGGGGAGACCACACAAUUUCUGAAGCAAGGCCCUGACUUUUUGAAGAAGCAGAGAGCUAGGUAUGGGAAUUUGUUCAAAACACACAUGUUGGGAAGUCCUAGCGUAAUUUGCCUGGAUCCAGAGCUCAACAAAUACAUUCUGAUGAAUGAAGGGAAGGGCCUUGUCCCCGGCUAUCCAAAAUCCAUGCAGGAUUUGAUGGGUAAAUGGAACAUUUCACGUGUUUAUGGUUCUCUCCACAAGUCUAUGAGGACUGCGGUGCUCAGUCACAUGGGUUCCAAUACGAUCAAAAGCGGAUUAAUUUCAGAGUUUGAUGAAUUCUUGAGAACCCAUCUCAGCAGCUGGAGUGGCAAAGUCAUUGAUAUCCAGGAGAAGGCCGAGGAGUUGUGGUUGCUCUCAACCUUGGAGCAGAUUGUUGGCAUUCAAAAUGAUGUGAUGGCCCAGGAACUCAAAUCAGAGUUCAUGAACUUGGUUUCAGGAACACUGUCCUUGCCUAUAUAUUUCCCUGGUACAAACUAUCAUCGCGGGUUCCAGGCAAGAAGGAAGAUCAUAAGCAUACUCGAAAAAUUAAUUGAGGAGAAAAAAGCAUCACCAAGCUCCCAGAAUCGCAUGCUUGACUCCCUUCUGAGAUUUGAUGAUGACACAGAAGCAAAAUUCAGUGAUGAGCAGAUUAUUGAUCUCGUCAUUACCAUGGUCUAUUCGGGGUUCGAAACUGUUUCUACUACUGCAAUGAUGGCUAUCAAGUACCUAUAUGAGCACCCAAGAGCUCUUGAAGAAAUAAGAAAUGAGCAAUUUGGCAUCAGAAAUAAGAAGUCACCUGAGGACAUGUUAGACUGGAACGAUUACAAAUCUAUGAAUUUUACUCGUGCGGUAAUCCUUGAAACUCUGAGAUUAGCAACAGUCGUUAACGGGGUGCUGAGGCAAGCAACUAAAGAUAUAGAACUGAAAGGAUACAUUAUUCCAAAAGGGUGGAGAAUCUACGUUUACACAAGGGAGAUUAACUAUGAUCCCUCAAUGUAUCCCGAACCUCUGGAGUUCAAUCCUUGGAGAUGGCUGGAUAAGAACCUGGAGUCUCACCAACACUUCCUGGUGUUUGGGGCAGGAGGUAGGCUAUGCCCGGGGAAAGAAAUGGGAAUGGUAGAAAUUGCAACGUUUCUUCAUCACUUUGUGACUAAAUAUAGAUGGGAAGAAGUUGGAGACAAUAAAAUAUGGAAAUUUCCAAGAGUUGAAGCCCCUAAUGGGCUACAUAUCCGCAUAUGGGAUUACUGA